AUGAAAUGGAAAAAGGAUGCACAAGAAGGAAAUCUUGUAGCUGGUGGAAAUGGUAAAGGAGACAAUCUCAAUCAACUGUCUUUUCCACGAGGAUUAUUUGUAGACCAAUGGAAACAAAUAUAUGUGGCAGAUAGUGAUAAUCAUCGAAUAAUGCGAUGGUGUGAAGGUGAUGCAGAAGGAUCCAUUGUGGUCGGUGGAAAAGGUCAAGGAAGCCAGUUAAAUCAACUACAUUCUCCUUAUGGUCUAGCGUUUGAUUCAGAAGGAAAUCUUUAUGUCGCUGAUCAUGGAAAUGAUCGUGUUGUUCAGUAUGAGAAAAUAACUUAA